AAUUUGCAAGAAGCUUCUCAGUUGCUACUAUUUCUACUCUAUUAUAGAGCCAAGUCAACCCAUCAAAACACAUUACACCCAGAUUUUCGGUUUUUUCUUCAUUUUUCUCGAGCUAGAAAAUGCAUCAGACAGUGAUUUUCUUGCUGUUUCUCUUCAUCCAAUCAGCAUUUUCAGCAGAUCUCCUGCAGAACUCCGAUUUUGAAACUCCGCCACUGAAUGUGCCUAAAAAUUCAACUCCCCCGUUCCAGUUACUGUCCGAAAACAGCACGAUUCCAGGAUGGUCAUUUGAAGGAACAGUCGUGUAUGUCACUGCCGGUAAGACUGUACCAUUGCCGGGAAAUGGUCAUGCCAUACAGCUGGUUCAGGAUAGCCAGAUCAACCAAACUUUUAUAGCUACGGGUGAUUACUUGCAUUACCUGCUUACUUUCGCGCUUGCUCCGGGCGGACAGAAUUGUUCGAAUAACGGUAGCAUUGGGGUUUCAGCACCGGAUAGCCAUGCGGAUUUCGUGUAUAAACAACGUUACGGAAAGGAAGGAUGGGAGAGCUAUGGUGUUUACUUAGGUAGUUGGGAACAGCAAGAAUCUGUAAACCUUGUCAUUCAGAGUCAAGAAACGGACUCUGAUGUUAAUUCCACUUGUUGGCCGGUAAUCGACAAGCUUUUUAUCAAAGCCGUUGAAACACUUGCUCCAGGAAAUGAUAACCUAUUGUUGAAUGGAGGAUUUGAAGUUGGCCCAGAGUUUAUGCCUAAUUCUACUGAAGGAAUCCUACUGGAAUCAGCACCUAGUCCUGUACUGUCAGCAUUACGACAAUGGUCUAUCACAGGAACAGUUAAGUAUAUAAACUCCGAAAACUACUUUGUUCCUCAAGGCAACGCUGCUGUCGAAUUUGUUUCUGGAGUUUCAUCCGGCGUGCAAACAGCAAUAACAGUCAAAGAAGGUCCGCCGUAUAGCUUAGAGUUCAGUCUUGGAGAUGCCAAUGAUUCAUGUGAGGGGAACUUUGUAGUAGGGGCUCGGGCAGGACCAGCAGCGCAGAAUUUUACUCUGCAGAGUAAUGGAACCGGUUCAGCCAAGAAUGUGUCUAUGGUUUUCAAGGCAGAUUCAAUUACAGCUUCUAUCAGUUUUGUCAGCUAUACCACCACCCAAACAAAGGAUGGUAUAUUUUGCGGUCCGGUGAUUGACAACGUAGUUUUACGCGCUUCUCGUGGAAUAAAAUCAGCAGCGAAGUGGACAGUUUUGAUUCCUCUGCUAUUCCUGGUGGUAGUCAUUUUAUGAUAAACGGGUAACGAUUUAACCAGUUUUGUAAUUUCAAUUUCAGCAUUUUAUUUAAGGAAUCUUUUCAGUUUACCAGAAAUGAUAAGUACCGAUUUAUCUUUUGAAGUAA